ACUUUUGUCAUGUUGGAACUAAGCGGAUUUCAUCAAGUUUAGUGGAGGAAUUCGCGUUGUUUUUUCCAUAUUACAAUUAGUUCCCGUGUUGUUAUAAAUAAAAGCGGACUCAUGCGGCUUUGUUCGAGUUCUAGACAGUGUUAUUUAUAACCAGCGGCUGUGUUAUUUGUGAUAGAUAAAUGUUAUAAGCUAUAAUGUCUCGGAAUCGAUGCGACGGUCUGCUUGCGCGAGUGGAUUUUCCACUUUACACGCUUCAGACAUUGACGAAUCGGCAUGUUUUGGUGGCCGGAGGCGGCGGAGCCUCGAACACAGGCGUCGCGAAUGGAUUCGAAAUAUUCGAGCUAUCGCAUAAUGGGACGAGGUUCGUGGCGGAGGAGGUGAUGAGGCACGAGACGGGGCCUAACGUGGUGAUGACGUGCGCGGUGCGGACGGCCGACAACCGUACGUUCCUCACGGCGGGCCAGGAGAGCCACUGCCAGCUCUACCGGGUCAACAUCCGCAUGGUGGACGCUGCGGAGAUGCGGCGGGGCAGCUUCCGCGCGGAGAAUGGACUCGUACGGCGGAGGAGGCGCACUGUGUCGGAGAAUGAGAACAUUUCCAAAACAGACAAGAACAGCAAUACUAUGGAGAAGAGAAUGUCAUUUGAAAUAAGGCCCAGCGACAGUGUCCAGACAGAUUUCGGCCCGGACCCGCUGCAGAGGGUGGUGCGCAUCAGCCACAACGGCAAGCUGCUGGCGACGGGCGGCGCCGACUGCAAGGUGCGAGUCUGGAGCUUUCCCGCCAUGCAGUUACUAUUCGUACUGGAUGCCCACACUAAAGAGUUGGACGACCUAGACUUCAGCCCUUGCGACUCCACACUAGCGAGCAUCGGUAAGGACGGGCUGGCGCACUUGUGGCACACGGCGCGCCGCGCGCCGCCGCGCCUCUCCGUCACGUGCCAGCCGCCCAACGGCAGCAAGUACCUGUUCCGCCGGUGCCGAUUCGGCUCUAUAGAGGACAAGAAAAACGAAUAUCGCAUGUUCACGAUCGCCAACCCCCUCGCGCGCUCCGGCAAGCAAAAGGGGCUGAUCCAACUCUGGGAUCCCACCAAUGGGGAGCUUCGGAAGACUGUGAUCGUGAACGAAUCACUGAGCGCUCUGGCUGUGAGGGAUGAUGGAAGAUUUGUGGGGGUCGGGACCAUGUUUAGUGGCUCUGUGGAUAUCUAUGUGGCGUUCAGCUUGCAGCGAGUGGUGCACGUGCCGCGCGCGCACCGCAUGUUCGUGACGGGGCUGGAGUUCCUGCCCACGCGCGCCUUCGGGCCGCCCGUCACCAGCGGCGCCGAGGCCGCGCUGCUGUCCAUCUCCGUGGACAACUGCCUCGCCGUGCACAGCCUGCCCUACCCGAGAACUAUGCCCGCCUGGGUUGCCAUCAUUCUAAUAGUUUUCGUCCUGUUCUGUACGUUUACAUUAUGUUCGUAUCUAGGUAUUUAAUAAUUAUAUUAUUUUAAUUACGUAUUUGUAAGUAUCAUGGGGUUAUGUUAGUAUUUAAUUUGCAUUACAAGCUCAUAUACAUAGUUAAAUGUAUGUAUUUAAUAGGAUCAAUCGAAUUAAAUGAAGUGCAAUCUUGCAACACCAAACAAA